UUAUCAUGAAGUGUAACCCUAUGUAUGAAGAAAUAUUUAUCAUUGUCACUUAGUAAUUAGCUGUAUUUCUGUAAUAAAGAUCCAAAGAAGUGAAGAUACAGCUUUAAGGGAGUAGAAUUACAGUCCACUUCACCUGAACACGAUAAAUAAUGGAUACAAGCCCACAGGUAAUACUAGAUCUCUGGUGCUUGUUCUCUGUACAGACACUCCUGGAAGUGUCUGAACCCCGUUUAUCUUCAGUGCUGCAUCAGCGAGGAGGUAGAUUAUGCAGCAUUUAUCUUCAGCUCAUGAGGGGGACCUGACUGAUCAUAUUCAAGGAAAAGGGAUCCACUGAACAACGACAGCAUGUUUGCGUAAAAUCAUCAAAACCAAAUUUUCCCUAGUCUUUCCUAAACUCUCCGACACCACAUGCUUGAUACUUUUUCUUUUGCUGAAUAAUAAGUUUGCCAUGACCCACAAAAAAGAGGCAUAGCCUACAGUAAGAUGAGGUUACAUACCAGAGACAGUAAUGGAGAACAUCAACCUUCUCAUUACAAUAAUUGGACAAUGAGGAAGAGGAAUGAUCAAGUGCUGAGAAAAUAACCUACAGAAACACUGUGAUGGAUUACAGACAAAAAAGAAAGCUGUCUUUUCUUACUAUUGGAUUAAUAUUUCUUUUGAGUGGCGUGGAAUAUGCUGUCAUUCUGCCCACUAUAUGGAGAUAUCUGCAGUUAUUAGAGGCACCACCUUAUUUUCUUGGCUUGGGUCUAUCUGCGUUCAGCUUCAGUGGGCUGGUGUUUGGUCCAGUGUUUGGUCACUGGUCAGACAAGACUAGAGCUACAAAGACCAUCAUCCUCUUCUCCAAUGUGUUUGAAAUUGUGGGAAACUUCAUGUAUUUUAUGGGAUAUUCAAAAUGGCUUCUUCUGUCCAGCCGACUUGUUGCAGGUAUUGGAGCAGGAGCGGGUUCCUCGAUUUUUGGAUUCCUCACACGCACUACUCUCCCUGAUGAGCGAGCUGGAGUCUUUGCUGCUGUCAUGGCAUGUCGUCAGGCUGGACUUCUGAUCGGUCCUGCUUUCAAUAUCUUUCUAAGGUUGUGUGAUUUCAAACUGGGUCCAUUUGUUGUAAAUAAGUACACCUCACCUGGGCUUUUCAUGUGUGGGAUGUGGGUGCUUAUGCAGUUUGCAGUAAUGGUUCUGUACUGGGACAUCCCACCACUGGACUCCUUCCCUGAGCAGCACAUGCUCCUCAGAGAGGUCAGAGGUGAAGAAGAUGAGCCACUCAUGAGUCUAGAGGAUGAACACAUGGCUGCAGCAGAGGACUCGUAUGGCUCCUUCACUCCAGAACAGACAGAGACCCGGCUCUCAUCUGAACUCCCACCUUCUCCUCCAGAUUCCCCCUCUCUAGACACCUCUGAUCCCUUUGAAAACUUCAGCGCUAGUCAAGAGUUUCUGAGGGAGGAGGUGGUGGUUCUCCUCACUGCUCAGUUCAUCACUCUCUUCAAUCAGACAGCACUCGAGACCAUGGUGACCCCUCUGACGCAGAAGUACUUUGGCUUCGGUGAGCUGGGGAACAGUGUGAUGUACAGCCUGUGUGGGGUGGAGGUAAUUGCAGGUUUCUUCCUGGUGCGCUGGCUGAGCCGUGUGCUGGAGGACCGGGUGGUGCUGGCGGUGGGGCUGCUCAUCUGCAGCGGGGCUUGUGUCUGGUGCCUCAUCUUCCUGGCAAAUCCACAAGGUGGCUUUGCAUUCGAGUUGAUUGAGUUCAUCAUCGGAGUGUUUCUGCAGUUACUGGGACUUCCUUUCGUUGCCGUGUCUCAGGUGUCUCUCUUUUCUAAGGUUACAGCUGAGAAAACACAAGGCUUUAGUCAGGGUGUACGCCGUUCAGUCGGGGGUCUUGCCACUAUUCUCGGUCCCCUGUGGGCAGGGGGUCUAAUAGGAAAUCUAUAUGUGAUGCUGGGUAUGAUGAUGCUCCUACUGACCCUCAUCAUGAUCAUGAUGGUGUUGUCCUAUGAGAAGCUGGUGGAGCCGCCCAGGGUGGAGCAUGCAGAGGACUCAGAGAACGGAGGAUAGACGACACGCUUCACUACACAGGAUACAGCACAGAUCAAGAGCCCCUCUCUCUGCGGUCUGUCUGCCAAAGUUUAGCGCUCGUGUGGGGCUGUACAGAGCAGAUGCUGAAACAGUGAGAGAUAAGAGGCCCUGCCAGGACUAGCAGACCGCAAACAGCGAGAAGGGCGCGCACACACACACACACACACACACACACACACACACACACACACACACACACACACACACACACACACACAAAUAUUACAUUUGGUAUAACAUAUCCUUAAAUCUGACAUAUUUUGGUUUAAUACUAGUUUUUAUAUUAUGUAUUUUUAUGAUUUUUAUUCUCAUUCUCAUCAUUUCUGAUUCCAUUUAGCAUAGUUAACGCAUUUACUGUGUGGCUCUUUUAAUGUAAAUGUUUUAUGGUUUGAGGAUAUCCUGAUAUGCUAAUAUGAAAGAGUGUGGCAAUUUGUAUCGAAGGAACACAUGAUGGCGCUAUUGCCCCUUAAAGAGAUUGACUUUGAAAAGAACUGCACGACUCUAUGCAUGAGUGUGUGUGUGUGUGUGUGUGUGUGUGUGUGUGUGUGUGUGUGUGUGUGUGUGUGUGUGUGUGUGUGUGUGUGUGUGUGAAUUUCCGAAAAACAAGUGAUACAUGCAAUUAUUCUGCACAGACCAUCGGUCAUUUCUUUGGAUAUUUACUCAUCUUAAGAGGGAAACUGAAUAUUUAUGUGUCCUCUGGUGCGUAUGAUCUGCUGUUUGUUGAUUGUCUUGAAAUAUUAUUACUGUAAACUCAUUAAAAUCUGUUCAGCAAAUAUAGACGCUUUAAAUGAAUGAAUCAACACCAACAUCAUUGUGGCAUCCUUUCAUUUAAUAGCUUUUUUCUAUAGAUAAAUGUUAUAAAUAUACCUUAUCACUGAUAUAUAUAUAUAUAUAUUUUUUUUAUGUGUUGGAUUGCAUUUUGGAUUGUGGACUAUUUCACAGAGUCCAGUAAUGUAUUUUAUCUCUAAUUUAGCAGGGUCAAUCUAGCCAUCUUUAUUCUCGCAUUAAUAGGCAUUAUUUGAUAGCUAUCACUACUUUAUGUCAUAUUACAGUACACUGGCAUUAAUCUAGUAAACAAGUCAACACUGUUGCAAUGGAGUUUAUGGCAUCAAUGAAACUGGUUAUAGUGGCCCAAGGUUAUUGAAAGACUACUAAUUUAUUUUUUGACUGAUAUCUCUUCAAUUACUAGGGUGUAAAUUGUGUAAAUUUAAAGGGAUAGUGCAUCUGUCAUCAUUCAUUCACCUUCAGGUUGUUCCAAACCUGUAUGCAUUUCUUUCUUUUGCAAAACACAAAUAAAGAUAUUUUGAGUAAUUGUGU